GAUGAAAAUUUUACAAGAAACCAAUCAGAAAUCACCUGACCAUCCCCAGUAAAAUUACAUCAGAUAAGUCCUAGCUAACAAGGCAAUUAUCCUGUUAUCGGAUCACAGUACAUUUUCAUCAAUUAAGCAUAGCAUUGAUAACUAGGUACGGGGACCCAGUUCAUACCUGGAUGAAGAAGAUAAAAGAAAGAGUUAUAUUUUAUCAGGCAGGUGUAAUUGACUGGAGGACACUUGGAUAGCAGUGAUAUUUAACGGAGCCUUUAAUGUUUGAUUGAGAGGGAAGAAUAUCCCAGGAAAGAAGAAGGAAACUUUGAUGACCAGAAGUACAUAUAGAAUAUAUUACUGAAAGGGAAGUGAGUACAGAAAAUCAAAUUUAAUUCUCAAGAGGAUAUUACUUAUGUAUAUAGAUAUAUAAAGAUAUAUAUAAAAAAAUAUAUAAUAUUGAGGACAAGGAUAUAGAUAUUAAUCAUGUUUUGAAGUAUGAGGAAGACACGACUUCCAUUGGAUAUACUAUGAUGACAUAGGUUAAACAAGACAGAAAAAGAAAGAUAAUUUAGAAAAGAUCAGUAACGAUGGCACCAAAGAUAUUCCAAGAAUUCUCCAAUUGGAAGCUGAAUCUGUACCUAGCUCUACUACUCACUUUAGAGACGGUUCUUACUUAUGAUCUCAGGGAUAGCAUAGCUUGUGCUUCAUUUUAUAAAGAUGAACUGAAUAUAAACACCUACUCUCCAGAUACAUCACAAGCUUCUUAUUAUCGCUUCUUAUUAGUAGAUCCUACAGCCAAACUUUUAUUGGUUGGUUCUAUGAAUAAAGUAACCAUUCUUAAUUUGACUAACAUUUCAUCAUCUAAGCAAGUUAUAGAUCUGAAGCCUGAUCAGGAUAAGCUGAACUACUGUACUUAUCAAAAACCAGAGACACCAAAUUGCCAAAAUCAUAUUCGUUUUAUCACAAACACUAAGGACAGUCCAGACAGUCCAGAAUAUUACUUGUGUGGGACUAAUGCUCUCAGUCCCGCAGGAUAUAAAAUUAACUAUACAUCGAAUGGAAACGAGUUCAAGGCCACAAAUUUGGGUGGUGCUGCAUGUUCUGAUGACCCAUUUAGUAACCUUACAGCUAUAUAUGUCAAAAAUGGCAACCCAAAUAAUAAAGAGUUAAUGUAUUAUGGAGCAACAGCAUUUGAUAGAUCUACAAUUUACAGACCUAUAGAACGACCUGAUGGAGUAGUAGCAGAGUUCAUGAAAGGUGUCUUCAGUAAUAAAUGGAUGAAAAAUCCCCAGUUUGCAGGUUCUUUUAGUGUAGAUGAAAGAGUUUUCUUCUUCUUUAGAGAAAUAGCUGUAGAAACAGAGUUUAUAGAAACCAAAUUGUAUUCACGUGUAGGAAAAGUCUGCAAGAAAGAUGUAGGUGGUGAUUCCUUGUUAAGAAAUAAAUGGACAAGUUACCAGAAAGCUCGACUGAACUGUUCCCUGUCGGGAGCUUUCCCAUUGUAUUUUGAUGUCAUACAAGAUGUAGUCUCAGUUGAUGAGAAUACAUUCUAUGGUCUUUUUACUACUUAUGCCAAUGGAUUGCCUGCUUCAGCAAUCUGUGCUUUUGAAAAGUCUGAGAUAGACAGAGUAUUGAAUGGUCCUUUUAAAACACAGGAUAGCGAUAUGUCUUUUUGGACAGAGGCAAAGGCUAGCAGUGUUCCUAUCCCAAGACCUGGCCAGUGCUACAAUGAUUCCUUAAAGACAGCAGACACAGUCCUAGGAUUUAUUGUUGAUCAUCCACUCAUGCACCAAACAGUACAGCAUAAGUAUGGAAAACCAGUUUUUUACCUCCCUGGUGAAGAACUUCAACAAAUUGAGAUGGAGACUGCACCUGGAGUUAAAAAUGGCUAUGUGUUUUUUGCUGGAUCCAAUCGUGGAAAAGUUUAUAAAAUAGCAUCACAGGAUAAAGAUAAAGAAUACAAAACCUACGUAUCCAGUAUAUACUCUCCGUUUGAUGAAACACAAGUUAUUUGGUCAUUGAAACAGCAUGACAAGUAUGUCUACCUUGGAACAGACCAUAAAGUAACACAGAUUAAUGUCCAGAAUGACUGUGGGAACCAUCAAUGUGUAGACUCGUGUAUAUAUGAUCCUUACUGUGUCUGGGACAAAAACACUGAAAAAUGUGUACAUUAUGAACUGAAGUCAUCUGAAAACUACUGGAACUUUGAUAAUUUUGAUCCAUCAUCGUCAGAACAUGGAAAUGAGUUCAUCUAUAAAGGUGGAAAAAAUGUAACAAAAGUGGAAUAUGGUACAUUAAAAAUGCCACUUAUAAAUAAAAACAUAUGUGGAUUUGGGAAAAAUAUUAUAUGGAAAAAGAGAAGAAAAGACAACAAUACUUAUGAAAAAAUAAAGCUAGAUGAACUUCGUUUUGUAGAUAGUAAAAAUUCUUUAGUUAUUUCUAAUUUGACUUUAAAUGAUGAAGGCACUUAUCAAGCCUAUGAUGUAGAAAAUCCAUUAUUAAUUGCAGCCAAAUAUAAAGUGGAAAUUGUCACUGAGGAUAAUUUUAAAAAAAUUUACAGGGCUAAAUUUGACGAUUGGUGUGAAUAUUUUGAGAAAGGGAAACAACUCCAGACAAACUACCAAAGUAAGUGUAGUCUUGGUGGUCAAAAUUAAUUAAUUGGUACAAAAGUGACUUAGAGGCAUUAAGAUGAAUCCCAGGAUGUGUUCAUUUUAUCAACGAUAUUGUUUUUUACUCACUUAAACAAGGGUAAAACAAUUUACUUCAAGACUGAAGCGAUACAGAUCCUUAUGAUCUAAAUAAAAAAAUCCUCAUCUUCAAAUCCAAAUAUUUACAAAAAACUUCUGAGACAGAAAGAUAAGAAUCCAGGGAUCAAUGCAGUGAGCAAAAAUGUAGAAAUCCAAGAGAAGAUUGAGACGUUGGAUUAUUCCUUCAGAUCUGCUUCAAGUUGUCGUGAAGUGUUGUAACCAAUGUAGUGAUGAUUAUACUCUAACUGUGCUAAAGUGUUGAUAUUAGACAGCAUUCACUAAAGUGUUGAUAUUAGACAGCAUUCACUAAAGUGUUGAUAUUAGACAGCAUUCACGAUUGAUAUUAUACAGCAUUCACAAAAGCGUAAAGUUAAGUCGUUGUAUUGCCUCAAUGCUUAAAACAUUUACCACAAGUUUAGGAGUAUUUGGUGCAGUUUAUGCGACAAAUGUACAUUUUUCCUGACAUUUGUAAUACAGAGAUGAUGAAAAAAGUGCAAAAGAAUGUAUUAUAAACAACAAACUGUAGUUGUUAAUAAAUUGUUGAUCAAGUGGUGCUUGUUGAAGAGAAAUGUACUUAACAACCCAACUUAAGUUUACUUGCCAUAUUUAUGUUAAAAUUGGUUAUUAAGUACAUUUAAUAGGAAGAUGGUGUUCCAUUGUGUUUUUAUGAACUGAAAGUCUUUUUUUCAAAGUUUUUAUUUCUUUGUGUAUUAUUUCUUGAAAUUUUGUGCAUUCCUGUUUUAGCUAUGUUGAACAAAGUUUAACUAUUUCCUAGUUGUGUACAAUAGUGAUGUACUGUUAUUCAUUCAUUCUAGUUUGAGAUAGAAAUCAUUACUUUUUACAAAACUGCUUUUUUAACUUCAAAGUUUUCAUAAUUUAUGCUCUAACGAAAUUUUUAUAAGCCUUGAGCUGAACUUUCGGCAUCAGAAUACCAUAGUCUUAUAACUUUUUCUUCUAUUUAUUGAAUAAAGUUUGAUGCUAAUGUUAAGACAUUUAAUCAUUACAUGUAUAUGCUUGGGAAUUCUGUUUGGGUCUUUAAUACCUGAGAAUGUCUAUUGCUUGUGAUCAUUACUCCCACAAGGCAAGUGUAUUUGUAAUUAUUAUAUUGUAACUUGUAAAAAUAAUAGUUUUCAAUCCUCUUAUCGAGCAGCAUUAACAAUAUCUAGUCGUAUUCAUGGAAGAUGCAUGAAAAUGGUCAUUUUAUUUUGCAAUGCUAACAGAAUGUUUUUGUUAACAUGAUUAACAGUUUUAUGAAGUUAACAUCCAUAUUAAGAGAUUUAAAUUCACUGCCAGUCAUUUCAUGAAUGUCUUGUACAUUUCUAGCCAAUGUGCAUAUUUCUAGUUUAUACUCAAAAUUAUAUGUAAGAUUAUAUUUCAAAAUAUAUUUAGUCAGCAAGGUAGUUGUUCAGAAUUUAGAUUCUAUUUUUAUUACUUGAAAGUUUUACAUACAUGUAAUAAAAUCAACAAGGUUAUCUUUUUAUGUAAACAAAUGCUAUUGGACAGUGUUUUUUCUCUCUCAAAUAUUGACACAAUUCAUUGAUUUUAAGGAUUUCUGAUUGGAUAUGCUGAAUUAUUUUUUUUAUUGUUUCAAUUUCAUGUUAGAUUUUCUACUACUAUUGAAAAGAAAACAUUAUUCAUUUCUCAUUACAUUGUAAAGUCCAUUACUCACGCCUCUUCAUUACAUUUUACAUAGAACAUAAGAUUGAAAGGAUUUUAUUCCAGUCACAUUGAUAUUUAUUUGUACAUGAUACAUAGUUCUCUGAAUGAAAAUGGUAUAUCAGUAUUAUUUUUAUUUCUACAGUUUGUAAACACAUACAAAUUAAUAUUCAGUUUUUACAUACAGAAUCUUAGUAGCUAACUUAAAAUAAAAAGAAAGGAGAUGAUGUAUCUUUUAAUAGGGGUUGAUUUCCUUUAAUAAGAAGGUACAAAAAUUGUGUCACCUUAGAGUGUAAUCUUCAUUGGGUUUAUACAUCUAUGAUGAGAUUAACCUCUAACUUACUGUAGGGUCAAGAUGACCUUGCUAGGUCACAACAAAAUAAUGUUUUCUAACAGACAUUUGCAUUAUUAUAUAGAGCCUAAAAUAGAUGUUUUGUUAUAAGAGAAGAAAAGAGUAUAUAAAGUUAUCUAAACUUGUUAUCAUUUUGAUGUAUGACUCAAAAUCUUACUAAUCAUGUUUAGGCAAUAAGAUAUAUUGCAGUAUUGUAUGAGUUCUGCAAGUCUACUUAGAUUUUAUUACCAUUUCAUGUGGGUUUUUUUCAAGGUAAAAAAGAAAAAAAACUGUUCUUAGGUAAUAAGUUAAAAAAACAUGAAUUUAAUUUAUGACAUUAUGUAAUAGUUUAAACUUUUGAUAAGUAUAAAUUUUGAGCUGACUGCAACAUUAAUGAUAAAAUGAAUUACAUGUAGUUCAGAAAUUAUAUUUGUCGUCAUAAACUGAACAAAUGUAAAGAAAUUCUUGUGAUGUUUUACCAUUAAAAUGUAAUAUACUAAAUCUGCUGCACUCAAAGCACUUCUACUUGAAGGGAAAAACAAGACAAGUUUCUGAAAUAUUGUUUGAUUAUAAUAGUCAUGAGAGAUGAUUUUUGUUUGAAACAGAAAUCCUGUAUAAUGUCUUACUAUAUUUGUUGUUAAAUGUGUUUAAACCAUUUUUACUGUUAUUUCUAAUUUAUUUUGUUUAUGCUAUCAUUAAAAAUAGAUAAUA